GGGCAGGAACAUCUCUUUAUUCAUCAACCAUUACUAGUGGGGCACUUGUUGUUGGCGCGCUCACGUCAAUGGGAUUAGUCGAAAAAUUUGGCAGAAGAACUUUUUUUAUUGAAGCUAGUAUUGAAAUGUUCAGCUACAUGGUGGCUUUGGCAGUAACUCUGGCCCUGAAGUUCGGACAAGAAGAAACUCUCUCGAAAGCAAUCAGCGUGUUCCUAGUCGUUAUCAUUUGCUUGUUUUGCUUUGCUUAUGGAAGUUCUUGGGGUCCUCUAGGGUGGUUAGUUCCAAGCGAGCUCUUUCCAUUGGAGACAAGGUCAGCUGGACAAAGUAUUGUGGUCUGUGUCAACAUGAUCUUCACAGCAUUGAUAGCACAAUGCUUUCUCGAGUCUCUCUGCCAUCUUCGUUAUGGGAUUUUCUUGUUAUUUGCUGCCUUGGUUGCCUUCAUGGGCAGCUUCAUCUUCUUUCUCCUGCCAGAAACAAAGCAAGUCCCAAUAGAGGAGGUAUACCUUCUCUUUCGAAACCAUUGAUACUGGAAGAAAAUAGUAGGAGAUGGCACCAAUGAUGAUGAAUUGGAUGGAAAGAAGGGACAAGCAACUUAGAAUACAUCUCCAAAAUCGGGGAAAACAUCUCCUUUUCAAGUUCAGUGUUUAAUUUUUUCCCUCUAGACUACAAUUCUGUAGAUAAUCUCGUCUCUGGUUAGGCAUUUCUAUGGAUAAAUAUACAUUAAAUCCUAAUAAUAUUUUUUAGCCAAGCA